GACAGGGAAGGAGAGGCCAUGUUUAUUGAUGGUAUAGUGGCGGCCAUAUUUGUGUCUGGCAGAGCUUUGAGGCGAGCCGUCUGUCAUGGCCGCUUGCUGCCCCCUCACUGAAGACACGUUCAGCCGUUUCCCCUCACAGAGCAAUGUGUACGGUCUGUCCGUGCUGCCCUGCCCCGGGGCCCCCGAGCUCCUGGCCGCCACCCUGAAAGGCAGAGUGACCAAUUUCAAAUACCAGGACCUAAGGGACCGCCUGCGGGCCGGAGCGCGGGAACUGCAAUUCACUUAUAUACCAGUUGAUGCCGAAAUUGUUUCCAUUGACUCCUUCAGCAAAUCUCCUCCAAAACGUGGCUUAGUUGUUGGGAUAACUUUUAUUAAGGACUCUGGAGAUAAAGCAAGCCCGUUCCUGAAUAUUUACUGUGACUAUGAACCAGGAUGUGAAUAUAAUCUGGAUUCUAUUGCUCAGAGUUGCCUGAACUUGGAGCUGAAAUUCACCCCCUUCCAGCUGUGCCAUGUGGAGAUUCAGGAUGGAGACAAUCAGGAGACUGUGUUUUUACUGGGCGGCAAUGAUCAGUGUAUCCACCUUUACAAAGAGAACGAGGGUCUGCACCAGUUUGAAGAGCAAUCCGUGGAAAAUCUCUUCCCAGAGCUGAAAGAUCUCCCAAGCAAUGUUACAUGGCUCAGUGUUUACAAUAUCCCAGACACUCAGCGUCGUGUUACCGCCUAUGGCUGUCAGAGUGGAUACACCUGCGUUGCCCACGUGGACCAGGGUCAGAGAGUGGUUUUGCAGAGCUGGUCGUUACAGCAGGAUGGACCCCUAUCUAAAGUCCUCAUCUUCAGCAUGCCCAGUGCCCAUGGCCAAGGAGGGGAGGAGUGUUUGGAGGAAGGUUUUCCUGAAAGACAGAACUUCAAAGACGAAUACAAUAUCCUGGUAACUAGCACCAUCGAGCUGUCUGUAGUAUACAGAAACGUCUUACAUAAUGGUCUGCAGGAUCAGUUACUUUUGCCGGACAGUGAUAAGUUUGACAGCGUUCUGUGUGCAGUGACGGCUGAUGUAGAUUUUGAUGGUGAGCUGGAAAUCCUGUUGGGGACCUACGGACAGGAGCUGCUGUGUUACAAGUACGUGGAAGGACCGGACCUGGGAGGUCAGUUCCAGCUGCUUUGGCAAAGAAGUUUUCCCAGUCCACUGCUCUGCAUGGCACACGUGGAUCUCACAUGUGACGGACUGGGUGAGCUGGCCAUCAUCUGCUUAAAAGGACUUCAUAUCCUACAGCACAGCCUCACACAGACCGCACAAUGUUUCCUGAAACGCCUCCAGCACAAGAUUAAUACAUCAAAACGUUUGUGGCCAUCGGAGGAAGUGGAUGCAGAGUGGGCCCAGGAGGUGGCACAUGAAUGAGAACUGAUAAGUUCAUUGCUACACCUCCGAGUGUUGCUGGAGAAUAGGUCUCUCCCUCUGAGCUGAGCUGAGAUGAGAAUGAAAAUAUUCUGGACAAUUUCUGCAUUUUCCAUGAAAGGAUUUCAUGAUGUGGGAUGUAAAAGGAGCUGAAUAUUAAUGGACUUUUAAUAUAUGCGGAAAAAGAAUGUCCAGGACGGGUUCGUUGGGCCUGAAAUAUGCUGGAAAUGCUUGUGCAGUCACUGGCCAAUGAAAUGAGUAGCAGCUGCGCUAGAUUUGAGAUCAAUGCACCUUGAAUUGUGGUCCAGCGUUCAGAACGCAUCAUUUCAUGUUGUUACUGUGAGAAUCUGAAUAAAUUCUUGAGACUACAAAGCCCGAUAAUGACCAUGUAUGCGAUUCUAAGUUUAAUAAAUGCUAUUGUCAGUG